UUUCUGAUGAAUAAGCAAGUCGAAAGAGAGAGAAAUGUGAUUUUGACAUGGGGCCAUGAUUUACAUAUGUUAGCCAUAGUUAGCAUGGUGAUCUUUGCAAGAUUAGCCCCAAGUCUGUCACAUUUGAACCGAAGAUGGCCAAGCUUGAAACUUUUCUCACUCUCUAAGACAAACAUUAGUUAGAUGAGUAUCCCAAAACCACCACUGAGUGGCCACAUGUCUUCCAUACCACCAGAUUGUAAUCUAGCUUCUUCUCCUCUUCGGUUCACUUUAUCAUUUCUCUCAUCUACACCCUCACUACUUUUGUAUUCUCUCUCCAUACCGAUCUCUCUUCAUUUCUUGGUGCCUUUCUUUCGCUUUUGCCACACUUGUUUUCUCUUCAUUGGCAGCAUCCCAAUCCCUUACACAAUUCUUAUACAAAGCCAUUCUUUUCCAUACUUCCCCCAAGAACAACUCUACCAGUCUCAUUUGUCACUCUCACUAGCAAGCCUUGUCUGAUCAACGUCUCAAUUUCAACCCCCCAAAAGACCACCCUUUCAUUGCAUAUCUUUGUGUUCGCUUCAAAAAUGGAAAACUUUCCAGCUUCUUCCACCUCCACUUCUGCCUCUAUCUCCACAUCCACCACCUCCACCAUACACCCUUUCCCAAUGAUCCACAUGAGCCAUCCUUCCAUUGAAGGAGGCUUACAAAACUUUCACCUUCCCAAUAUGUAUGAACCUUUGAGCUUUCCUUCCACUACUGCUUCAACCUCUCAAUACUAUUAUCCCAGACAGCAUCAAUUGUCAUCUCAUGAAGGCUUGCAAUACCCAUCCAUGUACCCAUACCUACAGGUCAACCAAUCUUUGGCCUAUCCUGUUGUGCUGCCUUUCAAGGAUAGGAAUAAUGCAGCUCUUUCCAAUGUGCCCAACCGGCAACCUCAAGUGUUAUCCAUGAAUGAAGAAAAAAGGCUUAUGGAUGCAUGGAUGACCAAGGUUGCAAGAAGUAGGAGAAUAAUGGCACGCCAAAAGAGCCUUAGCUUGAGCAGGAAUUCUUCUGCUGGGUCAUCUACUUUAAAUUUCCAAGAUGCAAAUGGGCUAAGAGUAUCUAGUGCUGGUAGUAAUAUGCAGAAGAGAAACGAUCACAACGCAAAAAUCAACCAGAAUCUAUACACCUUUUGCACACCUGAUAAGAAGAGACUGAGAGUUCUGCUGAAGAAGGAGUUGAAGUACAGUGACAUUGGAUCUUUGGGCAGGAUUGUCCUUCCAAAGAGAGAGGCAGAGGAAAACCUUCCAGUCCUCUUCGAUAAGGAAGGCAUUCAAGUGAUGGUUAGAGAUGUGUAUUCUAAUCAGGAGUGGGGCUUAAAAUAUAAAUACUGGUCAAAUAACAAGAGCAGAAUGUACGUCCUAGAAAAUACAGGAGACUUUGCGAAGGAAAAUGGACUUGAGAUUGGAGAUUGCAUUACUCUUUACGAUGAUGAGUGCAAGAAUCUCUAUGUCUCUAUAAAAAGGAAGGAAAGUCCAGUAGCAGAGCCCUCCUACAGAGAACAGUCUAUGAAAAAUAACAAUAACAUGAACAACAUCCAGAAUAUGAUGAAUGACGUGAUCACGGAACUCCCAACUUGCGACGACAUAUAUGAUAGUUCCCAUAGUUAUGAGCUAGCUGAGGAUGAAGAAGAAGCAUCUUUAGCAUUACUCAUAGAACAACUCAAACAUAAGGAACUACAAGGAGCUAACAGCCUACUGACAUUGUCAACCAUGGAUCCUUAUUUAGUUGGAGGAUCAACGAAAAUAAUACAACCAACGAUGGCAAUUAUGGAGCCAUCAUCAUCAUCAGCAACAUCUUCAUCAUCACUUAGUAUAACAAAGAUUAUGGAUCAAGAUUUCUACAACUACUACACUGACCUUGGAACGCUUCCAGAAGUUAGCAAUACAUAUAGUUGCAAUCACAUAAUUAAUGACACAACCUUGUAAGGUGUGGAAAACUAGGGCCAUUGUUUGUACUUUUCCAAUCAUCUAUAAACACAAAAUCUCUUUUCUAUGGUA